AUGUUUUCCCGCUCAGUAUGGAGAUCCCUUCGGUCGAGUACGACCAGGAGAGUGGGAGCCUCGGAAACUCCUUAUCGCUGUUUUUCCUGCACGCGACGGGCCCAGACUGAGUCGUCCAAAUCCACCGAGGACCGCAUGACCCAUUUUGGCUAUCGCAAUGUCCCUGAAGAGCAAAAGGAGUCCCUCGUGGGCGCUGUCUUUAGCUCGGUGGCCUCGUCCUACGAUACGAUGAACGAUCUCAUGUCCUUGGGUAUCCACCGCCUGUGGAAGGACCACUUUGUACGCUCCCUCAAUCCUGGCUCCGCACUCCCAUCCCGCGAAAGCGAUACUACGGGGCGAGGCUGGAACAUCCUCGACAUCGCCGGCGGGACGGGCGACAUCGCGUUUCGCAUGCUGGACCACGCGACCAACAUCAACAAUGACCUGGAAACCCGGGUGACCAUUUCUGAUAUCAACCCUGACAUGCUCGCCGAAGGCAAGAAGCGAAGCAUCCAGACGCCGUAUUACAACACGCCCCGCCUGUCAUUCAUGGAGGCCAACGCGCAGCACAUGCCCGCGAUCCCGGAUAACUCGGUCGACCUCUACACGGUCGUCUUUGGAAUCCGCAACUUCACGGAUAAGCAGGCGGCGCUGGAAGAGGCCUUCCGCGUGUUGAAGCCGGGUGGUGUGUUCGCGUGCAUGGAGUUCAGCAAAGUGGACAAUUCGCUCUUCGACGCGGUCUACAAGCAAUGGAGUUUCAGCGCCAUCCCGCUCAUCGGGCAAUUGGUGGCGGGCGACCGCGACAGCUAUCAGUAUCUGGUGGAGAGCAUCGACAAGUUCCCGAGCCAGGAGGAGUUCCGCGCCAUGAUCCACAAGGCCGGGUUCAUGAUCCCGGGACGCGGGUUCGAGAAUUUGACGGGAGGCAUUGCAGCGAUCCACAAGGGAAUCAAGCCUCUGCAGUAA